AUGCUAUGGGCAGACGGUCACCAGGGAACAUACGACGCACACUGGCUGCAAGAGAGGGCUUUCAGAGGACCGAAGCCUGAGCCUCGUGACCGCGAAUGCAGUGAAAUUCCACUCACAAACCUUUGGGGGCGCGAGCUGCAGGAUAAGUUCCCCAGAGUCUCCUUCCCUGAGGUUCUACACGACGACCACGCUCUCCUCACCUUCCUGGAGAGUAUGGAGGUGAUGGGCGUAGCGGUGGUUUCAGAUGUGCCUUGUGAGAAAGACCAGAUCUACUCCUUUGCUAAACGCAUCGGACGCUUGAAAUCAACUCCCUACGGAGAAACGUUUAACAUGCAAACCAGGAUGGACCCCAAUAACCUGGCGUUCACCGACGACUACCUCGACAUGCAUACCGAUCUGCCUUGCUUGGCUGCCAAGCCCGAGAUUCAGAUGCCACACGUCAUCAAGCAGUUCCCUGGGGAGGGCGGGGAAACCAUGAUAUCAGACGGAUUUACCGCCGCUUCAAAACUUAAGAAGAACCAUCCGGAGUAUUUUGACACGCUUGCAAAAACUCUGGUCGACUUUGUAGACGUGGGAAUCGAAGACGGUGUCAAGUUUCACAUUUGUUGGAGAGCACCGGUCAUCGACCUGGACGUCGGCGGCUCCAUCCGAACCGUGAACUGGCAUCAGAUGUCACGUGACUCACGCUUCCAAGUUUCUUCCUCUGAAGCAGCGGUGAAGUGGUACUCAGCAGCUUUCGCCUUCCGAGACCUUCUGUACGACGCCGAUAAUCUUGCGGAACUGAAGCUUCAAUCCGGCGACAUGAUUGUGUUUGACAACCUAUGCGUAAUGCAUGGACGACAAGAAUUCUGUGCCGAUCAGGGAGAGCGUUGGCUCCAGGGAGGCUACUUGGAGUGAGACUCUCUCAGGUCACUCCGCCGCGUGCUUCGCAAGGAUAUUGCUGCUUGAGUUGUCCUCGCCUAAUCCUAAUGCAGGCCAUGCGUAGCUCCAUCCUAAAGGGGAAUGUUAAAUAUUCAUGCA